AUGUCUCAUUCAGUUAACACUAAUAGCGUCUACACAGACGACCAUACCAAGAAUCAUGAAUAUCACGACAACUGCACAGAAAGCCAGCAAACGUUGACAUCGUCAUCGUCAACUGUCCACACGCAACGACCAACACAUACCUACACCACAUAUACGUAUCCAUAUACGAAGCCUAACCGAGUGCCAAAGAGACCUUUGGAGGCAGUUCAAUCCGAUUCUCUAAACAUCGGCUCGAUAAUUAGCCGCAUGGACUCGCUCUACAACACACAAUUCUAUUCCUGGAUUAAAAAUCCCCAGAACCGAGAGUAUGCAGCACUCAGAGUUCGUCCAUUAAUUCAAGAAUACAACAGCCUUUCUCACACAGCCCAUGUUCUCCGAUGGAUUGCAAAAGACUGGAAGCCUAAUGAAGCUAAAGAUCUAUUUCGUCUAGUCACUGAAACAUGGGACGAUGGCAAGCGAAGGCUGUUGAUGUUUUAUCUUGUAAGAGCAGAAAGAGAAGAAGAAGGAUAUUUGAAAAAGAGACGAAGGACAGGCAAAAGUGGCGAGAAAGAAAGUGAUGGCAGAGAGCAUUCGAGAUAUCAAUGGAACGCGAGUCAAGUAUGCGAUGGAGUGGAAAUCGGCGGUCAUCGGACUUUGAGUGGUGCAAUUAGCGUACCCAACACACCCACAGCAAAUAUAAGUAUGAGUCAUAAUAAUAAUAAUGAACGAAGACACGUUGCUGUUAGUUCUAGUUCUAGUUCUAGUAAUUCCAGUUCCACGAGGAAUGAUAUAGAAUCUGCCAGUGUUCGCUUACGGCCGGUGGUCAGAUCGGCAACAUGGGACUCUACUUCUUCCACAGUUCUUCCAUCAAUAGCAACGUAUUCGCAUUCCUCUCGCGGAUAUUCUAAUUUACAAUUACCUCAUCCCCAGUCUCCUUCUCAUUCUCACCCAUCAAACUAUGUAUCUCCACCCCCUUCUGCUACGCUUCCUCCUUUGAAUCUUUCAGUAUCUUCUGCCACUACACACAACACAAAUCUUCAGCCACUUCAGCCGCCUCUCCAAUCUACGCAUCAUUCUUACAAUCUUCCCUAUCUCUCUCAUGUUCAUACGUGUCAGUCCCACGAUGCAGUCUUUCUUCGUCCUAUCAUAAACUCUGAACCUACUCGCAUGGUGUAUCCGUACUCACAUGGUGACAGAACCGGAGUAGUAAGGAACGGGAUUGUAUAUCAAGCAUAUCCGGGAUAUGUUAACAAUUACACUCAAAUUCAACACGAGAGAAUAGGAGAGGAAAGCAUGAAAGCAAUGGGAGAGGAGAGGCGAAGGCGUCGAAGGAGAAAUAGUGAUGUUGAGAAGAGUGAUGUUAUGAGCGAGUGA